GAGACACGACAGCUGGGUGGGGCUGCAAGGUCUGGCCUGAGGCUAGAUGUUCCCGCCUCGGAAGGCUGCAUUUGGCAGCAGGAGGUGUCUGGGAUCAGUAGAGGCGAUUCGGGGCUAUGAUUGGGGUCGGAGAACAGAUGUACAGACUGUAGCCAGAGAACGAGCCAGGAGACGCUCCACCUCGAGCAUGGGCAAGGUGCCCGGCCCGGGCAGCAGGAAUGAGCUCUCUCAGGACCCUAUCAAAGGAUUACUAUUGAAAGCCACACCUAAAACUGCAGUUGCCAAAAGAGUCAAGAAGACCCCUACUAUGGCUGUGGGCUGUGAUGUCAGAGAAGGAGGAAGUUGGGGACGAUAAAGGCAGGCAAUGAUUCAGAAUGCAAUCCAUGGCCACAACGUGCACAGAGGACAGGAUCCAGCAUGCUUUAGAACGGUGUUUACAUGGGCUCAAUGCCAACCGGGGUACCACUACCUGGACAGCUGGGCUGUGUUUAAACUGUUGGAGCCUGCAAGAGCUAGUCAGUAGGGAUCCAGACAACUUUCUUAUCCUUCUGGAGCAGAUCCUGCAGAAAACCACAGAGGUCCAAGAGAAAUGCAGCUAUGAUCUUCUGGCUCCUCUGGCUCUGCUUUUCUACUCUACUGUCCUUUGUACUCCACACUUCCCACCAGAUUCGGACCUCCUUCUGAAGGCAGCUAGAACCUACCACAGAUUUCUGACUUGGCCGGUUCCUUACUGUAGCAUUUGUCAGGAGCUUCUCACUUUCAUUGAUGCAGAACUCAAGGUGCCAGGCAUCAACUACCAGCGAUUAGUGAGGUCAGAACAGGGGCUUUCCCUCAGAAGCCAUCGAAAUUCCACUGUCACCGUACUACUUUUGAACCCCUUGGAGGUACAGACUGAAUUCUUAUCUGUGGCCAAUAAGAUGAGUUUCCCAGAACCAUCUCCUCACAAUGCCUAUGUCACAUUGUUGCAACAUGCUUACCAGGCCACUUUUGGGGUAUGCUGUGACCUGUCCCGCUUACACCACAUGCUUCAGUCCAAGACUCUGCCUGAACUGGAGGCCAUCUUUGAGGAGACUGCAGAAGCUCAGGAACUAGCAUCUGCCAUCAAAGAUCCUAAGGAGGCCCGGCAGUGGCUGAAAGCCAAGCUGAAGGCUGUUGGAGAGAGAGCUGGCUUCCCCCAUAUCUCAGAGACACCUCAACCCUGUAAGCUGUAUACCAUCCCCAUUCCAGUAGCCAGGUGCUACACAUGUAGUUGGAAUCAGGAUAGCUUUGACAUCCUAAAGGAGAUCCUGCUUAAGGAAAGAGAGUUGUUCCAGCCAGGGACCCUUGAGGAUGAAGAAGAGGAGGAAGAUUUUGAGGCAGACGGAUCCUUUGCUAAGCGGGAUUCUCUACUCUCUACCAGUUCUGUGGCAUUCAGACACUUGACUAGAUCAACAGGCUCACUCCAAGCUUCUGUCCCUGGCUUCUCAAACCACCUGUUAAGCUCUUUUGUCUCAGGCCUCUCAGACGGUAUGGACAGUGGCUACAUGGAAGACAGUGAUGAAAGUUCCCCUGAUCAGCCACAAAAAGAAGGCCAAGAGGAACAAGAACUCCAAAGACCUAGGAGAAAGUUUAAUAGAUUCUAUAAAAUCUUAAAGAGCAAGACCCAUAUAGUGCUUCGGAGAGACUCCCAGAGCCCAGUGAAAGGUACUGGUUCAGCCACACUUCCUCUUCGACGGACAGGGAGUCUGUGCAACCCCUUGAACAUGCCUUCUCCACCUUCUUCCUGUGCCCAACGUUCUCAUUCCCUUCCCCAGCACAUGCUGGAGAGCCAGCUUUCAAGCUGGCUCUACCCUACUGCUACCCAUCAUCAACAUCGGAGGCCUUUCCUUAGUGGUGAAGAGGAUUCCAAGGCCUCCAUACUGCGUGUUGUGGUCUUUGGCUCAGACCGAAUCUCAGGAAAGGUUGCCCGUGCUUACAGCAAUCUCCGGAAGUUGGAGAGCAGUUGCCCACUCUUGACACGGUACUUCAAGCUCCAGUUCUUCUAUAUCCCAGUAAAACGAAGUUAUCAGUCUUUAUCUAGUACCUCUCCUGGUCAUCCAAACCAGUCACACCUCAUGUCCACAGAUUCCCUAAGGCAUCUUACUCCAAUGGACAUUUCCCUGUCCUUGGAGGACAGCACCAAUGACAUUUCCUAUUACCUUGGAAUGCUGGAUCCUUGGUAUGAACGCAAUGUCCUGGGUUUGAUGCACCUGCCCACUGAUGUCUUGUGCCAGCAGACUUUGAAGCCGGAGUCUGGGCCACUGGAGAGUGCUCAGGAACAGUUGCCCAUCCUGGCAGACAUGCUGCUUUAUUACUGCCGUUUUGCCACAAGACCAAUCCUGCUUCAAAUCUAUCAGACAGAGUUGACCUUCAUCAGUGGGAAGAAAACAACAGAAAUUUUUAUCCACUCUCUGGAGCUGGGUCACUCUGCAGCUGUCCGUGCUAUCAAGGCUUCUGGUCCUGGCAGUAAACGGCUAGGCAUUGAUGGAGACCGAGAAGCCAUCCCACUUACACUACAGAUUAUCUACAGCAAGGGGGCCAUUAGUGGGCGGAGCCGAUGGAACAAUAUGGAGAAAGUGUGUACCUCUAUCAACCUUAACAAGGCUUGUAGGAAGUUGGAGGAGCUAAAUUCUAACAUGGAAUCUCUGACCUUGACCCUGACUGAGGUGGUGAAGAGACAAAACUCUAAGUCCAAGAAGAGCUAUAACCAGAUCAGCACAUCACAGAUUAAAGUGGACAAGGUACAAAUCAUUGGCGCCAAUGGCCGCUCCUUUGCUGUUUGUCUGGAUCAGGAUGAGCGAAAAAUCCUACAGAGUGUAGUCAGGUGUGAAGUUUCUCCCUGCUACAAAUCUGAAAACAGCAGCCUUUGGCCACAGUCCCAGAGACUUUCCUUCCUGCCACCUCAAAACUCACCUGAGCUCUGCUCCUUCCUCUGUUUGCCCAUCAUGACCUUCAGUGGAGCUCUGCCAUAACACAGCAUCUUCAUUUGGAUUUGAUACUUCUCAAGGAAACAUGGACACUCACCUGCCAAACCAGAGUCCUCUCAAUCCAGAAAACCAGGGCUGGCAAUUGUGGCUCCUCCUUGAAGAGGGUGGAAUUCAUUAUCAGUUAGCCAUUUUUUACAUGGGAUCCAGAUGAUGUUUUGUUUUUGUUUUUGUUUUUUCCUCAGCAGGAAAAAAAAAAAAAAACAGAAACCUUUAUCUCAGUAGGGAGAGAUUGUCUUCUGCUCAUAUAAAUAUGCUUUAUGUGGGAGGGGGAAGACAGGGUGGUAAGGGAGACAUGAAUUAAGUCCAUCUUCCCUUCUGACUAAGGAAGUGAGUAAGGUAAGUCAAUUAGCCUCUCUCUGGCCUUAGUUUUCUUAUCUAUAAAAUGGAGAAUAUCUUGCUCCUUCCUAAAUCUAGGCAUCUGGGACAUAAUCUAGCUCUAAAAUCUAUGAUUUUUGUUUCAGAACCUAGAUGUUCAGUUACAUGCCUUGGCUUUGAAUGCUAGUCCUCUUUUCUUUCAUUUCAGACCCUGAGUUGAAAGGCUGGCAGGAAAAUGGAGAACAAAUAGGGAGGAAAUUCUGUCCCAGAAAGCUAUUCAAACCCAACCUCUGCCUUUUUUUUAGCACUCUCUCCUUUGAGGACAUGCAUGUCAAGGUUCUAACAAGAGCCUAGCAUUAUUUUAAAGGUUGGAGAAGACAUGAGAUGUGUAAGAAGUUUAUGUUGUAGUUGGAGAGAUAAAAUAAUACAUGAGACAUACUUUAUGUGUAACAAUAGAUUAAUAAUAUACUAAUAAUUAAGAAUAUAAUGAGGAAUUAAUGGUACCUCAGUUUAACUCUAAACAACUCACAAAAGUGAGGAGUUUGGUCUAAGGCAACUCCAUCUUGGCCUGAUACAAGGGGAUUUAUUAGAAAACACCAAAAAUAUAUAUAUACUUUAUACUUAAGCUUUAUACUAAAGCUUCAUCUAUAUCAAGGUCCUGAACUACAUUCCAGAAUUUUGUAUUUAGGUUCUAUUGUACUGUAUCACUCUUGUGUACAAAAGAGGUCUACAUAAUAUACAUUAUGUUCCUUCCCUAUAGACCUUCUUAGUAUAAAGUGGAUUCCAAACCAAGAUGAUUAGACAGCAGAAAAGAAGUAUUUGAAGGAUUAUCAUGUGAAAAAGAGUUGGAGCAGUUAGGUUUUUUUGUUUGACCAGGGAAAACAGAACUAAGAGCAAUGGGUAGGAGUUCUUGAGAGGCCAAUUUUAGCAUGAUCUGAGAAAAUGUGUCCUAAUAGAAUUUUAUAUACCAUAGGUACUUAAUAAUGUUUAUUUUAUUUCUCUGUACAAAUAGUAGAAAUAUAACAUCGUGGAUAGAGUCUGGGAGACUUACAUUUAAGACCUACCUUUCGUAUAUGCUGCUAUGUGAUCCCUUAAUAAAUCAUUUAGCCUCUUGGUGCUCCCAGGAAAUCUCUAGAAUUCUAGAAGUUGUAGAGCUGUUGUCAGUCUUAAGUUAUUGAGGCAAUUUCCACAAGAGGAGAUCCCUACACCAAAGAGAUCACAGGUCCACUUUAAAAACAAAACAAACAAACAACUAUGCAGAAGUGAAAUUGACUCCCUGGGAUGGUAGGGACUUAGAUAUCUCUGGUGGAUUUCAUUAUGAAUUCUAUUUAACCAUUUGUCAGAGAUGAUGUUGAAUAGGUCCUUUCCUAUGUAUGAGUUGGAUUACAUGACAUUUGACUUCACUUUCACUUUGGUGAUUCUGUAAAUUCUGAUUAAAUUCUAUCCCUUAAUUGAGGAGAUAAAUCUUGAAAGUAGAGAGUAGGGUUUCUAUAGGCAGAAAAGAGAGAAGGGGAGGCAAAGAUAGGAAGGAAUAAUGUGAAUAAUAGCAAGGUACAGAAUUUCUUCUCUAAUUUUGAGUAACUUUUUUUGGCUGUUUAAUUCAACCACUCUUUAUUAAAGUGCAUGCAAGAAACUACUAGUGCUGGAAAUACGAAUAUGGUAUGAAUAUGACACACAAUCUCUUUACCCUUCCACCCUUCUCACUAUCCCUGUUCUGUCUCACUUACCCAAUCUUCACUCAUUCUGGACAGGGAGAAUUUUCCCUGAUUGGGAGAAAACAAUCCUACAUUACAUUAUACCCACCAAACCCCACCAUCGUGCUUCUCAUUUAACAAAGCAGCCAAUUUAACUUCAUUAAAUCUUAAUUAGAAACACUUAACUAAACUACAAAUAAAGCAGGAAUAAUAAAACAUUCCACUAGGAAACACACACUAUCCAUAUUGUGGAUAAUACCAUGAUGAACACAAAAUAAAGACAAUCAUAGCAAAGAGGCACAGGUAUAGGGAAUGCCUGCAACAACUAACAAUUUUGGACUUUGCACUUUUUCUUUUGAGAACGUUUGUAUACAAUAAUUCACUGAUGAAAUGAGGGGUGCCACUAAUGGGUGCUUCAUUUGAGUUAAACCUUUUCUGGGCUUACAUUAUGUUAUGUCAUUUCCACCAAAAUAGAGAUCUUGAAUCUGGGAUCUUAAAAGAGCUUCUUCAUAUCUGUUCCUCAAGGAACUGUAUAGGAAAAAGCAAAAACAUUUCUUCUUUGAAUUAGCCCUUCUAAGCAGUAGAUGAAUGAAAUGAACAAAUAAAUAAAUGAAUAAACCAUUUAUUGAACAUUAUGUGAAAAGCACUAUAUUAAACAGUAGGGAUAGAAAAGUAAGAUUAAGUAAGUAAAGCAAGAAAUGGAAAAGUAAAAUAGUCCUUCCUCUCAUUCUUGAGAAUAUAUGCUUCUGCUCAUAUUCUAUCUAAAAUGCCCAUGCAAAUUCUAAGGUCUUUUCCCAGACUCAACUAGAGUCAAAAGAUUUUUCCUGAAUUACUGGUCCAAAGCAGAGUCUCUUCAUUAAGAUCACUUAUUUCUAUCACAUGACAGGAAAUAUACAUUUGUCCCAAUAUCACCCAACUGGAUGAAAACAAGCUGGAAAUAGGAUUUCCCAACUAUUACCUUCAAAGUCAUCAUGUCAGUCAUAUGCAAAUUAGAUGCUGGAAAACAGGACUAUGCCUUUAGCUUUAUCUUAAGUAGGUGCCUUUUCUCUGAAGGACUGCUUUUUAAAAGUUUGUUUCAGAGCUGUCUCAAUAUGAAAGAAAUAUACCUUUAUACAAAAUUUAAAAUUAUACUCUGUACUAAAAUUACUUUUAGCUUGAUGUGAAGUGGGAACAAAGAAUCACUACUAGGAUAUAAGUAAAUGAAUAGGAGAGAUACCAUAGUGUAGGCAGUGAAAUGCAAUGAAAGAAAGGUCAAUUAUAUGUUGGAAGUGGGGUUGGGAAAAGUUUUAUGGAGAAAAGUAUACCAGAGUUAUGUCUUGCAAAGAGAGAAGGAUGUCUGUAAAGGAGGGAAUAAGGUAGUUCAUUUUAGGUUAAGGAGACUGACCGGUGCAAGGAACAGGUGUGAAAGAGGACAAGAUCUGAUUUAGUUGGCCAAAUGUGAUGAUCUCUAUCAAAUACACAAGGUGGUAUCAUGAAAAAAUGGUUUCUGUCCCUCAUUUCAGUCUCCCAUCCCCUCUUGCUUUGCUGUUUUUUUUUUUUGUACCAAGUACAAAAUGCUGUCCGAAUUCCCCACAAGCCUAGGGUUCAAAGUCUGGGAAAGAUACUCCUCAGACAGUUGCUUUUGGGAUCAGUACUAGUUUGAAUCUAUUUCUGGAAGAUAAGGUAUAUAAAGAAUCAAAAAUGAUAGGAAAAACAAAACAAAACAAAAAAAAUGAUGUGCUGUGUUUCCCCUCUGCCUCAAUCCCACAUUCUUAAGCAGGAUAUCAUCCAAACUUUAUAGUGGGCCCAGAAUUCAGAUAGGUGAGUCUUAGGUUGGUAAGUUCUGGGACAGAUUAAAAUAUCCAGCUAGUUUCUGCCCUUUUUGGCUAUCCAGUCUUUACAGUAACUGAGUUGAGGCCCUGCUCUGGUCAGAUAUGUGGGUAACAUAUCUGCCUCCUGAAAGAUUGCCCUGGAGCUUCGGAAUUUCAUAGAGGCAGCAUGGUAUAAUGAAUGGAAAGAACACUGGACUUGAAAUUUUAAAAUCCAGAUUCAGGUACUAGAUCCAUUAUUUGCUAACAUUGUGACUUUCCUUGGAUAAUGCAGUCUUUGAACUUGCAAUCUCUUUGAACUUCAAUUUCCUCAUUUAUAAAGUAAGGAUGAUAAUAUUUGCACUACAUGAUCUCACAGGAUUAUUGUAAUAAGUUAAACUAUCUUCUCCCAAGAUCAAGGGGAGGAUCAAAAACCCUUUGCUAUUUAUGAAUGGAAAAUCCAAUUCUAGAAAUCUCUAUUACCCAGUUCAUCCUUUUUCUCUUCUGUUUUGGUCCCAUCACUGAUCAGAGUGAUAUUUCACGUGUUUCUCAGGAAAGUAAAAAGAAAAAAGGGUUAAGUUAUUCAGAACCACUCUCUUUAUAACUACUUCAUCAACAUCCCAUUUCACAUGCAUUGAGGUAAAAGGGAAAGCAAUAACUUAAAAUGAUUGUGUUCAAAUCCUGCCUCUGAUGGUUACUAUUUAUGUGGCUUUGGGCUUGACUUUCUGUUUCCUUUUCUAUACAAUGCAGAUGUUUGAUUAGAUGAUCUGAGGUCCUACUAUCCUGGAUGCACUCUAUAGCUGUUCCAGGCCAAAGCUACAAGCCAGAAUGUAAUUAUAGUCUUGUCAUGAAGUUCUCUGUCACUGUAGCCCAAAAUUGUUAACUUAAACUGUUAUGUGGGUGAUAUUUCUUCCCCUUUUUUGGAGCGGGAAGGAGAGAGAACUGUGAUAUGAAGUUCAGAUAGCCACAUGAAAAACAGACACACACAGAACAAAUAAAAUUGAACAAAUUCAGAUAGACAUAUUAAGUUACACGAUAUAAUAACUUGGCAUAAACGGUUUGCUUACUUCAGUUCAACAGCCACUGAUUAAUGUGCCAGAUACUAGAUUCUAAAGUUGUGAAGCUAAAAUUCUUCACAAUCCUUGCCUUCAAGCUACUUAUGGUGUAAUAGGAGGAAUAUUAUAUGCACAUAAACAUCAUACAAGAAAAAGUGUGAUCAAUGGCAACUGAGAGAUCCAAAGGAUCUCCUUUUUGAGGAGAGAGAAAUAUAUAUUUUUUAAAGAAAUCUUUCAUUAUGGUGUGUGUGUGUGUGUGUGUGUGUGUAAGGACAUAUAUGUAGAUAACUGCCAUAAAGGAAUGUUUCAUGAUGGACAGUGGUACCUGGAAGAAUAUCAGCCAGGUAGAGAUGAGGAAGAAUCGGGUUUCAUUCUUACAAUGUGACCAUCAAAAAAAAAAAAAAAAAA